UGUUUCCCUCCAUCUCUGCUCCUCUUUCAGUGCUCGGACGGUGCGUUAAGGUGCGGAACCGAGUCCCGCUCUUGGGGAAAAUUAAGGAAAGUCAGACGACAUUUACACCUUAAGAAGGACAGUAUAAGCCAAUUUCAGCUGAGACGACCGACAUUUAACCGCCUUUGUGCAGUUGUUUUAAACCUAAAGUAAAAUGGAUCCAAUGACUCAGUCCGCCCAGAUAUCAUCGUCGCAAGGGUUUGCCGAUGGACAAAAUUCUGCUGCCAAAGAAUCAAAGUUAUCCGAUUCCUUUCUUUCCUCUUCGCCUGUAUCUCUCAUUCAGUCUCCUCAAGUUAAGGAUCUGAUCCACUGGCGAGACCCCAAGAAGUCGGGCUUGGUAUUCGGCUUGUCCAUGCUACUGCUGCUGUCGCUGGCAGCCUUCAGCGUCAUCAGUGUGGCCUCCUACCUGCUGCUGGCCCUGCUCUGUGUCACCAUCACCUUCCGCAUCUACAAGUCUGUCGUCCAGGCCGUGCAGAAAUCUAACGAGGGGCACCCUUUCAAAGCGCUGAUAGAUAAGGAUGUCAGCAUCCCUCCAGAGACUUUCCGCAAGCACGUGGACGCCAGUCUGACCUACAUCAACCGAGCCCUGAAGCAAAUGAGCCGCCUCUUCUUGGUUGAGGACCUUGUGGACUCCCUAAAGCUGGCUGUGGUCAUGUGGCUGUUGACUUACGUAGGAGCUGUCUUCAAUGGAAUCACCAUUCUCAUCUUGGCUGACAUCCUGCUCUUUGCUGUGCCUCCUGUCUACGAGAAGAACAAGACCCAGAUUGAUCAGUACAUCGAUCUGGCACGUACUCAGAUCAACACCACAAUCGCCAAGUUGCAAGAGAAACUUCCUGGGGCUGUGAAGCGCAGCAAAACUGAAUGAUCAGACCCCACAUUAAAAGCCUCUCCAUCACCAUCAUCCUCAUCUCCAUCAUCUUAAACCCCUGUAUCUUCCUAUCUUCCCCUGUCCCUCUCCAGUUAACCCCUGUCCCCAGUCUAACUGCUCCUCCUCACUCCAUUCAACCAUCACCACCCUACUACACUGAACCUUGCUAGGUAGAAAAUCUCUGAGCUAUUCAAUAUUUAAUGUAAAACUACUGCGCAGCUUAACUUGCAAGCAUUAGAAAAGAACUGUGCCUGUGCAGACAGGAAGCACGUCGCUAGCGAGGAAGUGAUGUAACGCCGCGGCGGACCCGCCUGUCUGUGGGCGUGCCACAGGGGAAUGGAGGCAGGGUCGAGUGAACUAGACUGAAUCUAUUACCUGGUUUCGUCAUGUACAGUGAGCAGGGGGUGGAUGAUGGCUGUUUAUGUCACACAAAAAAAGCAAAUGUCUGUACUUAAAACCACGCAUUUCCCUGAAGGUAAACGGCUGAUUUAAGCUGGAAAAGUUAACGAAAAGUAAAAAUGUAAAAAAAAAGAGGAAAAAAAAAAAAGGAAAACCAACCUUUUGGGUGUUCAUUGUGGCUAGUCUUAUCCUGCUCUCUUGCUCUACAGCUGUUGUAUGGAUAAAUAAAAGUUAAUUUUUAGAAGCUGGUAAUGGGUUUGCUGUUACUGACUGGCCUGUUGUUGAGUUUGUUUCUGUUCACCUUACAGGCACUUCUGUAUGUAAGAUCCUGCAAUGCACUGAACUUUAUUUUUUUUUUAUUUUAUUUUAUUUUUUUUAAACAUGAGCAGGUUGAAAUAAAAGGAUUGGAACACUGAGCCAGCUGUGAUAAUUUGGUCUAGUUCACCCUCUUUUGAUCAGAUGCAUUUUUUUGAACAGUUUUCUCUAUGUAUAUACACUUUAAGACAACUACAGGCUCUCUCUGCUGUAAGGAACACAUUAGCCUCGCUUUUUAUAUCAAAGGAAAGUUCCCUCACUUACAGCAGUCCUAACUCCUUUUGUCGCACCUGUUCAAGUCGCAAAGUGUUGAGGUCACAUUCACUUGUAAAUUUUAAUUAUUCUAAUCACUACUUAUUACUGUUAUUGAUAUUAAUUAUAGGAUGGCUGCUUUGACUCCCUACUAGCUUGACAACAGCAUUGUAAGAGUUAUGUUAAGUGUUAUUGAGCUUAAUAAUUAUAAACAGGGGAUCUAUCAGAGUCCUCUUGAGAAAUAAAUUCCCGAUUGUUUGAUAGGUUAAGCAACACACCUUCUGAUGUGUUGCCUCAAUCCCUUCAUCUUAAAUCCCAAAACGGCUUCCCAGAUUGCCACUGUGUUGAGUUUUAAGUUUAUGGAGUGCCAAGAAUGCCACACUUUUACAGUGUUUAAUUUUAAGUUUUGAAAAAAAAUGCAAGCUCUUUUUCAGUUAUCUUCCCUAAAGACCAUUAAUACAGUUUGUUUGUUUUGUUUUUUUAAUUUCAGCAACUCUACUGUUCCUAAACUGAACAAAUUUGCUUUUUUUUUUUUUUUUUUUUACAAGAGUUGCCAAUCAGCUUCUGUUGCUUCCAUGUCGGUGAGAGUUUUAGUGUUUUUGGCAAAACACUGCUUCUGUCUUAACAAACUACUUAAAGAGGACAUAAUGUUAAGUGGAAUACAAAAGCAAAUUUUCUGUCUUUACAGUAAUCCCUUUUUUUAAAGAAAAAGAAAAUGAAAAUAAAAUAUAAAACUUCAUUUGUUGUAGCUUUUUAUAAAUGUAUCAGUGAAUUUUAUAACAAACACUGUUUAAGUCAUGACUGAAUUUGGCACAUUUGGCACUCCAUGUAAACCUCAGCAGUGAUCCGAAAAUUGGAGAUUAGGGGUUGGUAUAACAAAAUGAAUGGGUGUAGUUUGCAGAGUGUAAGUGCAGAAGAUGGAAGCAGUUUUUGGAGGGGUUAUUAUAGAGCUCUGUUUGUCACUUUGUUUUUCUUUGACUGCCAUGAAGUGCAUGUCGUAGUGUAAGCUGGAAACAGAUUUUCACCCUUUAUAUAGGCUGUAUCAUAUUCUUGACCCUGAGUUUUGUUUAAUAUGAUUACUUGUGAUUGUUUAAAUGGUGUUUUUGAACUCAGUAUAAACCAUAGUCAUAUGUUGGCACUAUCGCGCUACGUCUCAUAUUGUUUUAAGGGAUUAAUAUAUAGAUGGAAAAGAAAUGAGUCAUAUGUUAGUGUUUCUGUCCAUUUCAUUGUGCCCCAAAGUGUCUCCUCAAUACUAAAUGGCUAACAGAGGAAGGUCAUUCUUUCACUGCCUCUCAUUGCAGUAAUUAAUUGAACAAAAACUACUACGACUACUCAGACAUCUGCCUGUAUGCUGAAUGUUUUCUCUUGUGGAACAUUCCUCCCUGUGCAUGCCCUCUACUGUGUGUCAUUGCACUGUGAUCGCCUCACACGUAUCUUGAUUGAUUCCUCAUGCAUGCAUGGUGUCUCAUUCACACCUCUGGGUGGUAAAGGCAAAAUAUGCAACUUUUCUGUUGGAUGCUAGCUGUUAGCCUUCACUCUUUUAACUGGGUAGGUUUUGACCCGUGGCUGCUUGGCAGUCAUGUAGCUGUAAGCUAGCCUGAGGCUGAGAUAAGCAGCAUCUGUGCAGUUGCUACAGACACUGAGGAAGCAGACAGCGUAUGUGAAGGGUAAUCAGGCCUGCAGACAUAGUGAUAAUGUUGUUAUGCAUUCUGUACAUUUGUUUGAAUAUGAAUAAGUUGCAUAUUGUUGCUUUAAAAGGACAUGUUAUCAUUUUCAUUUGACUUAAUGCAAGCUACUGAAACACCUUUUAGUUGUUUGGUUUACAUGAAUUCUGUUUAUGUUUGGGGUCAGUUCAACCAAAUUAAAUAAUUAUAAAAAAUUCCAUACUUACCUCUUGCUGUGCAUAUGUUUUGGUUGUAUUUAAUUUCGCCUGAUUGAUGAAAUUGAAACUAUUGUUGGAAGGUCAUUUAGGCCAACUAAAAUCCGAAUUAGAAGUAUUUGUAACUAUUAUUUUAUCCGUGUUUUUUCCUUGGAGCUCCUUUCUACAAAGAAAACAUUGCUGACAGUGUGUUUUCCGAUUCAAAUACAGUGUUUCAAAAUCUGUGAGACACUAAGUAUCUGAAACUAAGUCUGAUUUCUGGAGGAAUUGUUGGCAAUCAAAUUUAUCUGCAUGCCAGAUAACACUGGAGGUAAAUUUUGUGUUUUGGGUGAGCUGAUCCUUUCAUAUUUCUCCAGCUACCGUCAAGCUCUCAGUCUGGCCUCAUCCCUCACGUGUUGUGCUUUAAAAGCUAAUUUUCUUUUCAGAUGCACUGCACCUUCAUGAUGGCCAUGUUUCUUGUGUUAGCGUGCUACCAAGGCUAGAUAGAUAAAUAAGUUGGCGUAUUUCGUUAGUGUAAUAUAUGAUAUGAAUAAAAGUCAACAUAUUUUUUCCUGUUCCUUCACAGCAUGUUGCUUUUCUUCUUUUUCCUGUUUGUCAGUGUGUUUUCAUCAGGUAUGGGAGUGUGUGACAGGACUGUGUUUGAUUUUUUUUUUGUGUCUUUGGCAUUUUGCUUUGGACUCUACUGGUAUCUAGACGUUGUUCACUAACAUCAGCUCUGUUUUGUAUUAGCUAUGACUUUGGUUCCAAUUUUUGAAGCGUUGAGAAAGAUGUUGCAGGAAAAAAGAAGAAAACUGAGAAAAAAAAGUAUGUGGUCUCUGUACUGAUGUCAAAGUGAAAUUAAUAAAAACACCUCAAAGGUCUGUUGCUUA